UCUCAGUGCACACUUCCCACUCAGCGUACAUCAAGGAGACCUAUGAAGUUAACCGCAAGUGUUUUGACAGUAGUAUGACAGUUGUCAAAAGUUUGUCAACGGUGUUUAGGUCGGAAAAUGGCAGCUGAAAUUAAACCUGCGACACAAUCAAACGAUAAAUUUUGUACGACGAGAAAACCCGCUCUAUUGGCGAAACUAGAUGGGUGCAAUAACGAUAUAAACGCCGCAGUUUUGAUACCGGGGGAGGAUGGAGUUAUCAGUGUUUCAGAUGACAAAACAGUCCGAGUAUGGUUAAAAAGAGAUUCCGGCCAGUACUGGCCAAGUAUAUGUCAAUACAUGCCCAGUGGGGCUACGUCUAUUUAUUACACAGUUGAAACAAGACAACUGUUUAUAGGGCAAGAAAAUGGAACAGUUUCCGAAUUUACGCUGGCCUCAGAUUUCAAUCGGAUGAUGCCUGUUAGAGAGUAUCUGGCCCAUCAGGCCAGAGUCACACAAAUUAUUUUUGCAAUUACUUGUGAAUGGGUUUUAAGUGUUAGUUGUGAUAAAAUGUUUUCUUAUAAUUGCACCCAAACUGGCAGAAAUAUUGGCACAUAUACACCUGAAGCUUGGUGCACCUCACUAGAAUUUGAUAACCAAUCAAAGCACGCAUUUGUCGGCGAUUAUUCCGGUCAAAUAACGAUGUUGAAAUUGGACAACAAUGGGGCAACAGUGAUCACCACUUUAAAGGGACAUUCGGGGUCUGUGAGAUCCAUUGCUUGGGACAUGGAACGUCAAAUGCUUUUUAGCGGUUCCUUCGAUCAGAUGGUCAUUAUAUGGGACAUUGGUGGACAGCAAGGCAACGCCUAUGAGUUGCAGGGACACCACAGCAAAGUGUCCUCGCUCGCGUACCUAACCGGCUCGAAGAAACUGAUAAGCGCCGGCGAGGACAGCGUCCUAGUCAUCUGGGACAUGAACCAGAGCCGCCACGAGACGCCCGAAUGGGUGGAGUCCGAUCUGUGUCAGCUGUGCGGCCGGCCGUUCUUCUGGAACUUGCGCGCCAUGAUGGACCAGCGCCAGCUCGGCCUCAGGCAGCACCACUGCCGGCACUGCGGCAAGGCCGUGUGCGAACGGUGCUCCGCCGGCCGGUUGACCAUACCGUCGAUGGGAUUCGAGUUUGCCGUGCGGGUGUGCGACACUUGCCACGGCCUACUCAAGGAUAAAGAGAGACCAUCUUUAGCGACUUUCCACGACGCAAAGCACCCGGUGGUGGCAAUGGAUUUGGACGAAACGUCGAAGAAAAUUAUUACGGUGGGUCAGGAUCGCCUAAUAAAAAUCUGGGACAUUUCGGCUCUGAUGUAAGCAAGACUUAUGUAUAUUUUGUUUUCUCAAAGUGAUUUAAAUUACUAUAUUAUUAUUAUUAUUAUUAAACGUAUGUUCAGUCAAAAUGUGUAAAAAAAGAUAAAUUUGUUAUGUUAAUAUGUAUAGGUUCUAUUGUAAUACUUGGUUAUUAAGAAAUUAAUAAUUUAUUAUUGUGGCUUAGGUCCAGUGAUUUUAUCUUGGCUUUACUUUUAUUAAAUCAAAACUCUUAAUAUAUUCAAUUUUAAUAAUUUAGGCAUAUCAAAUUUUGUUAGAUUGUAUGCUGGCAACAAACAAAAUAUGGCAGUUGUACUCUUUUAACACGCGCAAAAACGAAAUAUUUGUCUUAGUUUUAUUAUUAAGUACAAGCGCUGGCUGUCGUAAGUCCGUUAUAAAUUAUAAUUAACACAAGCCAUGUUAAUAUUAAGUUACUUUAUUAAUAAAAAAUUACUUUAUA